UACAAAUCAACCUGUUAGUUCUGACGAUGAAUGGGAUUACCUGUUCGAUACAAGUCAGCAUGGUUAUGAUUUUGAUGACAAACGAGGGUUUGACGAUGAACAGGGUUUUGUUGACGGACGGGAUUCUGACAACGAAGAGGGUUUUGUUGAUGAACGGGGUUCUAACAACGAACAGAAUUCUGGCGAUGAAUGGGAUUCUGAUUCUUUGAAUGAGGAUAGCCAAGAUCCAAAUAAUCCAUUAACGUGGAAGUUCAGUAAACAAGUAGCCGCAUUCACUUCUGAAGAAAUUGAAGAAAUUGAGACGGUAUAUAACACGAUCGAUUUGAAUUUUACAAACCAACUUA